GUGAUUUCGUGGAGCCAAAUUUCACAAACAUAACUGGACUGAAUUUUGUUUUCGCUGAAAAGCAUACUUUCUCGUCAAAAUGACAGACAACAAUCCAGCAAAUACAAAUACUAGCAUUGAAGAUAAUCUCGACGAUGGUUCAACGCCUGAAGUUGCAUACAGAGGUGGUACUUUGUCCUUAAAUAGUAUCGAAACUGGCAACUUAUUGGCAGAUGACAACCGUUCAGCAACCAAUGUUCCAACUGCAGUUUCCAAUGGCACAACCAACGGGAAUUUCGUGAGGGGCCGACCGCAGAGCGCGCCGCUAACACUCGGGGUGCAAAGUGGGUUUUACGCUUCAAAGGUUGGGCGUCUUGAAGAGGCUGUUCUUGAAUGCAAAAAGGCUACAAUUGUUGAGCAAUUGGAUGGACAGGUCCUGGGAGUGUGGCUGUUAACAGAGAUUGACCAUUGGGAUCAUGAGAAGGAGCGUCUGGCCAUCUUGACCGAUAACAGCUUCCUGCUCAUCAAGUAUGACUUUGUAUCUGGAACUGUGAGAGAAUACAAACGUAUCAAUCAUGUCGCUGUCAAUACUAUGCAGAUUGGUGUCUUCUCGUACCCAGAGAAGUCUCUAGUAAGCCCACGAGAUGGAACUGGUGUGCGCGUUAUCUGGAGCCAUGGUCGACAACCAUCAUUCGCAGAACGCUGGAACCCAUUUUGCGGCACCAUACCAUGGGUAACAUUGACAAGCCACCCACUGGAGCAUAACAACACUAGGGAAGCUGAGAACUAUCAGAUUGAUACCUUCAAGGGAGCAUACAUUCAAGCCAUCAAUUCCUGGCGUCAGAAACAGAACCAGGCAUUGAGUAAUGCAGCGUCUAGUACCCUGACUAUCAUCGAGACUCCUAUUGAAUGUGACGUAUUUCUGGGUUUGUCCUCUUCAGUACAUAACCAGAGUCGGCUUGGUUUUUACAGAGAGAGGGGCGGAGUUAGCUUCUAGAGAGGGGGCAAAUUUCGCUGCUAGACGUCCAUGAAGGUACAUGACAUAAAAUAUAUGAAGAAAGCUUGAAUUUAUUUUUGUUGCUGUAUUCACUAAUUGUUUGCUUGAGAGCAUUAUUGGGCCCAGUUUCAUAGCGCUGCUUAAUGGAAGCAAUUCCAUGCUAACUGUAGCAGAAAAAAUUGCUUCAAAAGCAUAAAGGGGAUUUCAUGAGUUAGCAAUAAAAUUAGGCGGCCAUCUUGCGUGUUCUACAUGGCUUUACAUUGUUACAAGUACGUCGUUCAUUUUCAUAUAGUAUUAGUAAGCACAGGAAGCUGAGCAUGGGAUUUUCAUGUGCUUACGGUAAGCAGCAAUAUGAAAUGGAAUUUGUACAGUAAGCACAAAAUCGGCUGUUUAGCAGCUCUGUAAAAUUGGGCUCUGUUGUUUAUUGGCAAACUGUGAUGUCACACCAUAUGGGGGUUGUGGUACAUGCAACAGAAUUGUUGAUAAGUGAUUUUAUUUUUGAAGAUGAAGUCCUAAAGUAAAGUUGCAGGUACAGGGAUGAGAUUGUUUUUUUUAAGGAUCAAAUUCAUAAAAAAAAAUGAAGAUAAAACCAUAUAAUAAUGCCCCAGAUUGCAGAGUGGGGCUUUUAGAACAAAAGAUAAAUAUUAAUAUUGGGCUUCAUGCUCGCAAGUUUUCGAGCUUCCUUGCUUUCGUGCUUUGCGCUCAGAGUUCAUUUUUUGUUCUCAACAGCCUAUCGCAUCCCUACAGGUAUGCUGGCUCCUUUUGCGUCUUAUUAAGAUUGUUUCAUUGCAAGUUAGAGAUAAUGUAUAUAUGCUAGCUUGGAGAUCUCUUUAUCUUGUUAAUAAGUUUGAUGCAAUUAUACUCUUAGUCUUAGCCACUCCCUCUCUACUGAAGUUGUUCUUUGAUUUUGAUUUAUUCAAGGAAAGUUCAAUGAUGGGACUUGGCGUUUAAAGACAUUCUUCAAAGACUAAAGGCCCGGUCAUACAGGCUCGAUAACAAGAACGAAAACGAGAAUGUUGAAAAUGCACGCCAACAAUUG